GACUGGGGGAAUGUACAGUGAGGGCCAGGCACUAGCUGACAUGUGGAUUCUCGACAUAGAGAGAGCCAUAUGGAGAAAGGAAGAAAAUGUUGCUCUGAAGGCUCGCUAUUGGCACUUCCUGACCGCCUUUAGCCUUGGUUCAGGACGCACAGAUGUGAUAGAGUUUGGAGGCACUCCUGACCAAUUUAUUGGAUCUGACGAGAAACAACCUAAAAAAGCAGACACAACUCUACUGCAGCUCAGACUUUCAGAGACAUCCGAAUGGGAGCUACUCUCUAUAGUUAACAACACACAGCUGGAUCACAGCAGAGAAUGAUGGAGAAAUUCCGCUACACAGCAGAGAGCUGGCAGCAAUCCACAUGAGAGGGUGAGGUGACAAGAAUGGAGAGACUGCACCUAGAAAGAGAGAGGGACAGAGCCAGGGAGGAGAAGAGGGUAAUGGAGGGA